GUGUUGUCUUGCAAGCAGGAGAAAAUGCUUCUGCUAAGAUGGGGACUGUUACAGUACAUACAUGUGUUAUCUAAAAAAUAAAGUAUGUUUAUAACCACAGAACUCUUGUUUUUAUCCAUAUCCAGGUAUACAGUUUACUCAUCUGUUAACCAAUUGACUGAAAUACAUAUGGAUAAUCAGCUAAAAUGUCUUAAGUGACAGCUUUAACUAUUAUUCCUCAGGGUUCAGUGUUGCUUGCUUUCCAAAGCUCUCAUCCACCUAAGGCAGAUAUGAACACUUACCUUUGCCUCAUAUAGCCCCAAGUAACCUGAUGGCCAUUCUUGGGGAUUUAGUAGUGUAGACAUGCCAGAGAACUGGUGCUCCAGCAUCCCUAAUAUGGCAACCUUCCCUGAGCACUGUGACAUCAUAUGAUAUGAUGACAUCAUUAGGACACAUGUGAAUGGCAAGGAUGUGGGCAGGACCUGCAGGAUCAAGACCAUGCAAGGAACACACCUCCUCCACCUACUGCUAGACUGCUCUGCGCAUCAGUUUAGCAGAAGUCACCCAGGCAAAUCAAAAAGGCUUGAAAAAUACCAAAGCCGAGAGGUUUUCGUCACAAGAUUCCUCCAAGAAUGACCUCUGAAGGAUGUCGGAUUUAUGAAGAAGAUGCUGAGUGCGACAACCACACCAUGGGAAGCGCAGAACUUUGGCCGGACAGACUAGAUUAUGAAGAGCUGCAAAAUCUCCUUGAUGAAGGUGAAGACUGCAAGGAGAACGUGGCCGAACUUGAGAGAAUGGAAGAAGAUGUGCCUUGGGAAGAAAGAGACAGUGAAUAUUUUGCCCGAUUUCUGAAUGAAUUCCCUACCCAGAGAGAAGAGAUUGAAAAGUGUAUCAGAUGCCUUUGGGAAAUGGCCGAUGACAUUGACCAGACCCAUAAGAAGUGUACUAUUGCCAGCAUUGCUGCCAACUCUACCAGUGCCUCCUCUGGCCUCUUGACCAUCUUGGGACUCACCUUGGCCCCCAUCACAGCAGGUGGGAGUUUGAUCUUGACAGCCACUGGGAUCGGUUUAGGGGCAGUGGCAACAGCGACUGGCCUUUCUGCCAGCUUAUAUGAGAGCGUGAAUAAUUCACAGGAAAGGAAAAAAGCUCAAGAACUGGUGAAUGAAUGUGAGAAAAGUCUAAGAAAGGCAAUGCAUCCUGAUUUCUGCUUUGGAUCGCCCCCAAAUAGCGGGGCUGUGGGGGAAAACAUGAAACAACUUGUCUCCAAUGUUGCCGGUCAAGUUCCUGACCUGUAUAAGGCUGUGAAGGGAAUCAGAAUGAAUGUAAAGGCAUUGAAGCAAGUCCGAGCCAAUCCUGGCUUGAAGGAUUUAGCAAAGCGAGUCACUGCUGCAGGUAGCAGAUCCCGGGGUACAAUCCGAGGGGCCAAGCAUGCCAGAAAGGUCUUUGCGGGAACCACCCUUGCCAUGAGCAAAGGGGCCAGGCUGCUGAGUGCUGCAUCAACUGGGGUGUUUCUCCUCUUCGAUGCCUAUGGCAUUGUUCAGGAUGCUAAACAUUUGACUGAGGGAGCCAAGGCAGAAACGGCCGCAGAGAUAAGAAAGAAAGCUAGCAAACUGGAAGAAGAACUUCGUCAUAUUGACAGGCUCUAUGAGGAAAUGAAAGGCCUUGUGUGCGAAUCAGAGUGAGCAAAGAAACAGACGGCAUGUGCGUGAACUAGGCAAUUCUCUAUUAGUCUGUAUUUGGUUGUGGUAAAUAUGUGGAAUCGUUUCUGACUUUUAUAGCUUGCAGCUAUCUACUUCACAUUUCUUCAAGAAACUCUGGCCCAAUACAGAUGCCCAUUUUGCCAUGUGUCAACAUUUUCUACCAUAGAUCUGCAUGGUUGCUUGAAUUAAUGAAAGCAUGUUUUGUGUGCGA